UUUCCAUUGAGUCUGUUUCAUAACCAGUUUAAAGUUCCUCACAGUAACUUUAAAUAGAUCCCUUUACAUUUUCAAGUGUACUAUACCAGAGCAGCUCCAGGCUUCCCAUUGGCUUUUCCCUUGUGAGUUCAGGUUACAGGGUGCAGGCCCCUCUUCUUUUUCAACGCUUUUUCAAGGAUCCAGUGAGAUAACUUGAUUGCCAUCGCAAAGAAACUAUAAAUGUGUCUAUUUGUUUGAAAUCAUUCAAAGUUGCUCUGAAUCAAUAUUUUAUAAUAAUGGAAUAGUUCAAAAUAGUCAUUUUUGCAAAUAUACUUAUUUGAUUGACAUAAAGACUGGAAGCAGAGGAAAACGGCUAGCUGAAGCUCACUAAUCAAAAAGCUAUAUUACAUUUGUUUAAUCCAUCCAAAAAAGAAGUGCAAAAAUGCUUACUUAUUCACUCUUUCCUGCAACAUUCAAUUAGACUAAAGGACAUGCCUAACAAGGCACAGCUGGCUCAGCUGAAUGUAGGGAUCUGGGCAUGUGAGAAGGUAAAGAGGCAACCUUUCUCACAGUCAAAUUAACAUUUUACAUUCUUAUAUCAGACAUUAUUAUAAAAAUAUUGAAUAUUGCCCUUUUAAGUCUCAAACAUAUAAGUACUGAUUAGGCUAUAGAGCUGUUGAUUUAUCACUGUAAUGUUUUGUGGGGAGAUAAUAGUGAUUAUUGUGUUGUCCCUCAUAAAUUAAUUCUGAACUAAGAUUAAAACUGGAUUAAAACUCGCAUCCAUAGGUUUUACAGUCAGUAAGUAGAAACAGGGUUUGGUCAGGCUACUUCAUUUCUUAGUUCCAAUCUGUGGCGGGAAACAACAAAGCCUCUUUUUGUGUUGCCAGUCUUGACAUCACUGUCCAACAUGUAUCUAUAAAGUCCAGAGUGCCAGUCUGUCUGUGUGUAGAGACUCCAUGGAUACGAGCAGCUGCAGUCCCUUGUCUCCCUCAUUUAAAAGGCUUCUGCUUUGAAAGUAGAAGAAGAGGACGACGAUGCAAAAGAGGUUUGUGUGUGUGUGUGUGUGUGUGUGUGUUUACCAUCUCUACAUUAUGCAGGCCAGUUCAUACAGCUUCUCCCUCCGAGCUGAGUCUUUGUCACAAAGUGUCGACCACAACAUUGAUUUAACAGCCUCCAUUGUUGCAUUUUGUGCCCAGUCCAAACUACUCCCUCGGCUCUGUGGAAUAAACAGGUGCCGGUAGUGGCAGAACUAGUGGAGUCUAACUGCAGUCAGGACCAGAACAUGUUUGUCACUAUCCUGCUCGGAGACAGCAGGAUGGAAAUGUUCAAUCUCAACUGUAAACUGAUAAACUUCAUCCAUCAUCUAAAAGAGAGAUGCGGUCUGGACCUCAAAGAGUGUGUGGACCUGAUGGACAGCAGCGGCAGAGUGAUGAACCUGGAGGGGAAGCAGCAAAGUGUGGCUCUGGCCAGCAGCGUGCUGGUAGAGAGACAAUACUACGCCCUGCUGCGAGUGUGCCGAGACGAUGAUACUGGAGGUCGUAAAUAUGUGUCUCUCCUAAACAACUGCAGCCAGAGUCAUCCCGAGUUAACAGAGCUGCUGAGGAAACUGUCGAACCCCGACAAGGAGCGAGACAGAAAGACGAGAGGACGGACACAGAGGAGCAGUCCUGCCGGCCAAACCAGGAGCAAAAACGUCUCUGCACAUAACAAGAAACACCAUCUUAAAUAGUUUCUGUACUGGUCAAGACUUUAAAGUCUGAUUUCAUUCGAUUUCAUAGACUAUUAUAGUAUUAUAACCAUGCAAACAAUGUGUCAGAUAUCGUUUUUGUGUAUUUUUAAAUGUAUGUUUUCUAUCUUUUGGCCACCUUAGUUGUAAUUUAUGAUGUAUUGGAAGAUGGUUGACGCUGUCUUCAAUAAAAAAGUUAAUGAAA